CUCCCACCUACUUUGUUUCCUUUGGUCACGAAACGAGGAGAGUAAAAGGGCAAUGGGCAUCCCCCCAUUUUUCUAUUUAUUUCUUGUUUUUUUUGUUUCUCUUUUGGACGGAGACGGAACCUCACCGCUGAUUGGUUCAUUAUAUACAUUCUCAGAGCGCUGUGUUUAAAAGAAAAGUCAGAAUCUUUGGGCAUAACCAUUCCCUUUCCAAUUUUAUUCAUUUUCUUUUUUUAGACACCAAAAAUUAAAAGAAAAAGAAAAAUAAAUUUUUGUAGUUUGUAGAUUAUCAAGAGGGUGUCUGUCGUCCCCUCCCUUUCGACUUUCGAUUCUCCCCUUCCUUCCACUUUUGCUUUGGUGGUUCAUUCAACAAUUUGAACCAUCUUUUCCUUCCUUCCUUCCUUCCCCAUUUUCCAUUUUGCGGAAGAGCCUUCUUUUUUGGGGUUGAACAACAACAACAACAAGAAGGCUCUCCUGCUUUCCCUUGAAUAUGUUUAGACUCUGGAUUGAUGCUCUGCAAUUGACCGAAUUAUUUCUCAGCUCUUUCGUUCAUUUGGUGUAUGCGUUUUACAUUUUUAGCUCUGCCGUCGCUGGGGAUAUCUCUCAAUCCCUAAACCAAUGGCUUUUCUCUCCUUCCUCCAAACUUCAUCUCAACAACCAUCAUCUUUCUUCCCUCCCAUCAACACCCAUUCAUCAUACUCUCCCUCCAAUUGUCUUAGUCCAUGGAAUUUUUGGUUUUGGCCAAGGGAGAUUGGGAGGUUUGUCCUACUUUGCCGGUGCCGAGAAGAAAGACGAUAGGGUGCUCGUGCCUGAUCUAGGUUCCUUAACCAGCAUUUAUGACAGGGCUCGGGAAUUGUUCUAUUAUCUGAAGGGCGGGCGAGUCGAUUAUGGGGAAGAACACAGCAACACCUACGGCCACUCCCAAUUUGGCCGAGUUUAUGAACUAGGUCACUAUCCUCAAUGGGACGAAGAUCAUCCUAUACACUUUGUGGGUCAUUCUGCCGGAGCUCAGGUCGUUCGAGUACUCCAACAAAUGCUCGCCGACAAGGCAUUCAAGGGGUAUGAAAAUACCACGGAAAACUGGAUAAUUAGCAUCACGUCCUUAUCGGGAGUGUUCAAUGGGACUACCAGGACCUACUUGGACGGGAUGCAGCCCGAAGAUGGGAGAUCAAUGAAGACUGUAUCCCUGCUACAGUUGUGCCGCCUGGGUGUUAUAGUAUAUGAUUGGAUUAACAUUCCCUGGUUGAAAGAAUAUUAUAGCUUUGGGUUCGAUCACUUCAACAUGUCGUGGAAAAAAAUGGGUAUUUGGGGCCUUCUUGAUUGUCUCAUGGGAAAUUCAGGUCCGUUUGCCACUGGAGAUUGGAUCCUCCCUGAUCUUACCAUACAGGGCUCUAUUAGUCUAAACACCCACUUGCAGACCUUUCCUAAUACAUACUAUUUUAACUAUGUAACCAAGUGUACUAGGAAAUUUUUUGGGGUCACAGUUCCAUCAAGCAUAUUUAGAAUCCAUCCCUUGUUUUUUCUUAGAGUACUGCAGAUGAGUCAAUGGCGCCAUCCUUCAGAUCUCACUCCACCUUACAAAGGCUACAGAGAUGAAGAUUGGCAGGACAAUGAUGGUGCACUAAACACCAUAUCCAUGACUCACCCACGUUUUCCAGUCGAGCAUCCAAAUCUUCAUGUAGUAAAUGACUCAGAUUGCAAACCCCUCGAACCUGGUAUCUGGUAUUACAAGGUAAUUGAAGGUGAUCACAUAAUGUUCAUAGUGAAUAGGGAGAGAGCAGGAGUUCAAUUCGAUCUCAUAUAUGAUGGCAUUUUUGAACGUUGUAGAAAACAUGUGUUCAGGAAGAAUCCCCCAACCUUGCCAAACCAACCUCACCCAUAGGCGCUUUUAUUGUUCCUCACAAUAGCUCUACAACUAGGGAAUUGAAACAAAACUAAUUGCCUCUGCUAUGGCAUACGACCUUUCGUUACACCAUUCGUGUAAAUAAAAGAGAUUAUAUCUUUUUUUUUUUUCCUGCA